AAUGAGUCUGGAGAACGAUGGCUUUUUCUCCAUCCAUCUUUCCUCGAUUCCUCACCUCAAAGUGCAUUAGAGGAGAAGGACUGAGGGGAGGGCCUUGAAACUUCUCCUCCAAUAUGGUUGAAAGGAGGCGAGGAGACAAUAUGCGAGAUAUUGCAGAAGGACUUAUCUAGAUGGAGCCCAAAUCUCAUAUAAAUGAAGUUGUUUUAAUGUGAACAUGAUACACUGAUUCACGCUUCCAAACAGUUAUGUUGUUAUUUGAAAGUGAGGAUGCUGGCUGGAAGUAUGAAUGAGUGAUUUACUCAUUGCAUUAGUCUUAUUGCUCCAAAAUCAUAAAUGGAGUUCUUGGAAGGAAAGUAGAGAGAACGCUGUCACUUUCAUCUCAGCAACAAUGUCUAUUUUCUUACAGCGGGUGAAACUGGAGGAUGAGUCCAGCCAGAGGGCCAGCCCUGUUCCCAAAAAGCGGAAAGGACGCCCAACCGCUCCUGUCGGUUCUUACGACAAACCUGUUACAUAUAGCAAUGUGCCCAAGCCCAAGACAUUGGAGUCCGUAAAGCGUGAGGGACCAAAGUGGGACCCUUCCAGACUGAAUGAAGGAAGCACAUUUGUUCUUGGGUCCAGGGCAAACAAGGCUUUAGGAAUGGGUGGCACCAGAGGAAGGAUUUACAUCAAACAUGCUGAACUCUUCAAGUAUGCGGCUGAUGCUCAGGACAAACACUGGUUGGCAGAGAGACAGCAUAUGAGAGCCACAGGUGGAAAGAUGGCCUAUCUCCUUAUUGAAGAGGACGUCCAGGACCUUUCUCUGAGUGACGAUUACAAAGAUUGCCCCGACCUAAAAAUGACCCCAAUUGAAUUAAAGCCUUUUACUGUUCCUGGGUGGAUGAUUGAGAAGAUGCAGAAAGCCAUGGAGGUCCAGAGUUCGGGGAAGGAAUAAAAUUGUACUUUGUGUGCAGGGAAGGAAUAAAAUCCUAUUUUGUGUCGCUAUGGCACCAUAUUCCCCAUAUAGUGCACAACAUUUGACCAGAGCAAUAUACUGUAGGUCAUGGUCAAAAGUAGUGCACAACAUAGGGAAUAGGGUGCCAUUUGGGAUCCAGGUCUAGAAAACCACAGAACAGAAAGAAUUCCUGUCAUAUCAAAUCACGAGAGACUGGACAAGAGUGCCAAUGUAUUUUCUGCCUGUGUAGCUUUGGAUGCAGUGUCAUUGUAUACAACUACUGAACAGUGUUCUUUGAUAAAGAAAUGUGCCCCUUUUUCUAUUUCUAUCCUUACUGUACUGUAACGUUAAAAGGGGCUCUAUGGCAGGCUAUGGCCCCUUGGUAAUAGAACGGUUCUUGGGGGUGAGGGUGUAUUCCCCCCCAUAAUGAAUAUAUAAGGAGUUUCCAUUGUUCUUGUACAGUGAUGUUGUUUUCCCAUUUACUAGACUGUAUUCUCAAUUUUAUACAAUGUCUUUUGCUUUUGUUUGUCAUUUGCUGUGAUUUUAUUUUUUACUACAAACUUUCAAGAGCAGAAUGUAUUUAAUUUUGUCUUUUCGGAUUAGUUGACUAUGAUUUAAAAAGGAUAUGGGUGCUUGAUCAAUUUGUUAGUCAUUUCUAUGCAAAAUAAAUGUUUUAAUGACUACA